AUGUCGGUGAAACUCUACGAUAUUUUCAACAAGACGGACUACUCACUUACAAAAACGUCUUUGGACUCCAAGUACAUACUAUCAUACGAUCGUCUUGCAUGGAUCGGACUACUAGCGAUCCUAUCAUUGAUAUUCUACCAACUUAUCGUCUAUCGAAUAUUUUUGCACUCUGCGAAUCAGCUUCCAGGUCCGUCUAUGGAAUGGAUACCAUUUUCAGGCAAUGCGAAGCAAAUCCUGACGACUUCAUUGCUUGAAUGCUUGACUUUAUGGACUAAGCAGUACGGCAACGUUUUUCGCUAUCGCGCCCUCGGCUAUGAACCACAUGUUGUGAUCGCAGAUCCAAAGCUGAUGAAACAGAUUUUGGCUACGAAGCAUGAGAUCUUUGUCAAGCCCUUAAGCACAAGAAAAUACUUGGCAUCCCGGAUUGGCAAUGGCCUGAUUGUCGCCGAAGGAGAAAUGCAUCGCCAGCAAAGGAAAAUGCUCAACCCCGCUUUUUCUGUGCCAAUGAUUCGCCAGCUUAUUCCCUUGAUGGUGACGCCGAUCAUCGAACUACGGAACCAAUGGCUGGAGCAAGUAGAUUCGGAUAAACCUGUGACAAUCUUUGCUUUGGAAGCGUUCCGUUCUAUGACUUUGGAUGUAAUUGCUCGUGCAGCGUUUGGUCAGAAUUUUCAGUGUUUGGAUCAUAACGAAGCGACUAGAGGACAUCGCUUAUUGGAAGCUUAUGGAGCUGUGCACUUUAUGGAGCCACUCUGGAUGUAUCUGCUCUGCUUUGUCUAUCCCUGGUUUCGAAAAGUUCGAGAUAUUCCGACAAAGCAAAAUAACAAGGUUAAACGCGCUCUGAUAACUUUACAUAAAGAAGCCUUGGCCAUGGUAGAAGAAGCAUUGCAACGUAAGAGUGCCGGUGCCAAUAUAAGUGGCGUACUGGGACAUAUGAUGAAAGAAAUUGACGACGACACCGGCCGCGGAUUAUCAACAGUAGAACUGCAACACCAAUGUCUUACUUUCUUACAUUCAGGACACGAAACAACGGCUGUCGCAUUGUCGUGGACUCUAUGGCUUCUUGCUAAGCAUCCCGACAUCCAGCAUGAUGUUCGCAAGGAAAUCAAACAGGCAUUUGAAUCUGAACAAGCGGAGAUCCUUUCCUAUGACACCAUCCACCAGUUGCAGCUGCUAAGCAAUAUCGUUAAAGAGACACUUCGGAUCAUUCCUCCUGUGCCCGUCACCGUGCGUACAACGACAGAAGACACCUUAUUAGGCGAGCAUUUGAUACCUAAAGAUACGUUCGUCUUGCUUGCUCCUAUCAUAACCCAUCGUGACCGAGAGUGGUGGGGCGAUGACGCACAUUUGUUUCGUCCUUCCCGCUGGAAUGAAGCACCCGCAAACAAUAUCGAUCCCUACAUCUACAUGCCUUUCUUGGCUGGGCCGCACCAUUGUAUUGGUAAUCGACUUGUUUUGACAGAAAUGAAACUCGCUUUAGCUGUUCUGCUAAAGGAGUUUCAUUUUUCGGAAAAGCCUGGUUUUGAGCCAGGCAUCAAACAUCAAAUCACUCUUGCACCAAAACAUGAUAUGCAACUGUUAAUACAAAAGAUAUAA